GACACUUUAUCGACUUUCGAAUUAUAUACAGAUGCCGUGGCAUCAAAGGGGAACGGAGCGAUAUUUGGAAAGCACUGGGUUUUAUGGCCCUUUUCCUAUAGCAUAUGGCACUGCCUUUUAAAAUAAAACUUUACUCGAGCCUUUUUAUUACUCUCGCGCUUCAUAUUUGGGGGCCCACCAUGGCAAAUGGUUGCGUCUUGUUUUUCACUGACAAUGCGGCCCUUGUAGAUAUUAUAAACAAACGAACCUCAAAAACAUUAACAGGUCAUGAUUCUUUCUAUGUAACUUUGUACUCAGCUGCUAAAUACUGGGGGGGGGAUAUAUCAAAUUUUUUUGAGCCAGCCGCGUCCCCGACUUAAAGAAGAGUCCUGCAUCUCCCGUUUACAGAUGGAGGGAUUUAAGGAAAUCUCGCCAGAAGAGGACAACUUUCUAACAGCAGUGCCAACGAACCUACAGCCGGAAAGUUGGUCACUCACUUGAGAGACUUGCUAUUAGGCUCGGGCUAUUUGGCUACUGCCUCUCGCAGCCCGUACCUUAAAGCGUGGCUGGGAACCAACCCUUCCAUACCAAGAUGGCCGCCUUUAUCUCCAAUCUCUCGGCCCAUUCUACGAUUGUGAGGCUGCGAUGCCUUCUGUCCUCUCCUGUCGUAGCCUCCCACGCAGACUUUCUUAGGGGAUUCGUCAUAGAGUGACUUCAACGAGAGCCCCCGAAGUUACUUUUAGGGUAUCGGUAUAAAUAUGGCAAUUAUAUUUAAGUUAAUUGAGCGGCUAGGUCAGAGAACUGGUUCCCCGUUCUUUUCUCCUGGCUUGUUUUUUGUUUUGUUUUAUUUUCUUUGUUUGUUUGUUUUUAUUUUCACUGUCCUUUUUUUUUCUUUUUACUAGCUAAAAAGUUUGGUCUUUUAGUCUUACUUCAUUUUAUGACUCGUUCGCUUCACUUACAGUUUAAGUCAGAGAUAUCAAAAUGUUUCCUAGCCUCUGCGGCUCGACCGGUAGGUCUUACUGAUAAUGAUAACGACAAACUCCGCAAUGUUUUGCUGUAGACUGAUUCGUUUCCUUACAGGAGAGGGAUGCCGUGACGCUCUUGGAAUGGAAAACGGAAAGAUUACUGACGACCAAAUAACUGCUUCCUCAGAAAGGGAAGCCUAUCCAGCCGUUAAUGGAAGAUUACAUCAUAUCACUCCACAAGGAAGACCAUUUGGUUGGCAACCUAAAAACAGUAGCUGCAUUGAAUGGCUGCAAGUUGAUCUUCUUCUUGACAAUAGCACAAUAACAGGAGUGGCAACACAAGGAUGUAGCAGUCGCACGUCAAAAUCUGUUUUAAGUGUAACCAAAUACGAACUAGAAUUCAGCAAUGAUAGUAAAGCGUUUUAUGCAGACCAUCGGGUAAGCUUAUUUCGUUUUUCUUAUAAUGAAAACCCGAAGCUUAUAUAUUUGUCUUUAGAGUUAGUUCCACAAAGCUGAAAGACUUUUUGUCUAAACGUCUGAAUUGGGGGGUGAAAGUGCCUCUUUAGGGGACAGAAAAGCUUGUAUUUUAUGUGAUCAAGUAAAUGGUUUUCCAGGGAGAAUUUAGCAUAACAAGAGAAAAGUAUUACGUGUAAAUUAAAGGAUGGUUUCAAAGGAAAAGGUUUCAAUUUAAAGUAUUUAAAUACUUUAGCAGAAUUUCUCUCUCGAUGAAAUGUUUACAACUACAGUUUACUUGAAAGCAGGCUGUUUUGUGAACUCAACAUUUCCUAAAAAGACGAAUUUUCCCCAAAAUGAAAGCAAAUCUUUACGAUAAUUCUACAUUUCAAGUAAACAGAACAAACUAGGGAACACUACAGAGAAACAACGCCUUGUUUCAAGCAACCGUGGCCGUUGUCUCCGCUUUUCUAUAGCCGCCCUCUCCCCUCUCUGAUUUUUUUUAUGAGGGGAGGCUAAUAGAACUCAGGCUUGAAUAGCAAAUUUAUGCCUUUUUCAGAUGUACCAAUUGAAAUCGUGAAACUGUGAUAAAUCCCCGCGAAAUUAAUGUAGCAAAAACGGCAACAUAACCCUCAAAAAAAAAAAAACGUGGAAGUGUAAUUAUGGCACUGAUCCUGAGGUAACAGUUGACUUUCUCUGUUGAUAUCAGUGUUGUUAAUGUUUAUUUCCGUACACUAUGUUUCUAUUUACUUUACCAAAGUACGUUAGAAUAAUUACUGGAUGACACCGUAAUACCUCUUUCAUAAAACAGGGGAGAAUAGUCAUUACAUGUGACGAAUACUCUAAAAUCCUGUUUUCCCUUAAAUUAGUUAUACGCAGGAAACACAGACGAGGACACAGUCGUAUAUCACACCUUGGAUACACCAAUAAAGGCUCGCUACGUUCGCUUCCAACCAAAAUUUUGGGAAAAUGAGAUAUGCAUGAGAGUGGAACUCUAUGGCAAAAUCGCAAAAGGUACUUAAGUUAUGUAACUGGCACUUUUUUCCUAUAAACUAUGCUUUUGGUCCCAAAUUACUGUUUGAAUCAGUUGACUUAAAAAAGAUUUUAAUUUACUUUUGGCUCACUAUAAAACGUAAUCAAAUUAACAUCACAUAAAUAAUACUUACAGUUACUGUUUGUUAUACUACUACAUGAGAAAUUUCUGCGAUUUGAUUGGCUUAGAGCAGUGGUAUUUCAGCUGAAUUUGAAAUACCUUCAUGUGAAAAUUACAAACCUUUUGCGGGUAGUAGUAUAAACAAAUAAUAGUACGAUUUGUACGUGAUAUUUGGGAUAAAUACCACUCGUGAUAUUUCAAAAUUGUCUCAAAUUUCACUCGCCUAACAGCUUGUGAAAUUGCGUAUAACAAUUUUGAAAUAUCACUUGUGGUAUUUAUGCCAAAUAUCACUACAAAUCAUGCUAUUACCUAUACUAAUAUCAUCACAUGUAAAUUGUGCGUUUGGAAAUUAAAUGUCUGUUCAAGACAUCUUUGAAAAGCGUAAAUGAAUUUAUUAUUUGACAAGUGUAUCAAAUGAGGCUCCGCUAGUCAAUCAGGCCACCUGAUGAUCCCCUUCCUAUCCAGUAAGACACUUCUUACUUACCCUACUCGGCGUGCGCUGAUGAGCGCAGUUUCAACUCGAUGAAAAGAAUGAAGACUUCAUUACCUAAUACGAUGACAGAUGAGCGACGUUCGUCCUUGUCGAUUUUACAUAUGCAUUAACACAAAGAUGUUUAUUUUGAUAACGUCGCUAAAUUUGCGCAACAAAAGGGGAGGCACCAGAAAAUGGUUUGAUGCAUGGCGAAAUGACCGUAAACCUUGCUUUCUUAUUAGCCUGUGUACACAGGGCUUUUUUUAAAUAUAGAUGUCUUAUUGUUUCAUGUUCAUUCAACUGUGCCAUUCUUUCCCAAACUUGUGAUUCCAGUCCAUGUCUCAAUGGAGGAACCUGUUUUGAAGACGAAAGCGGAAAAGAGUACAUCUGUAAAUGCAGUAGUGGAUGGAAAGGAGACAAUUGCGAAAAAAAUAUGACAUGUAGCCACUGAUAUAAAGAAACAUUCUCAUUAUAUAUUUGUGGCUUGUAAGAAAUCUCAUGCAUGAGCGGUGAAUUCCAUAUUUUGAAAAGGCGUAAGAUAAAUGUUAUGAAUGAACUAUCGCGUUGCAACCCCUUAUCAUAGCUAUAUCAACUGUAAAAAUAGCCCAUUGUUUCUUGUUUAUUUAUUAAUAACUGUGUAUUAUCAAUCUUUAAAAUUUCGAAGCUUGUGAUUCCAGUCCAUGUCUCAAUGGAGGAAUCUGCCAUGAAGAGGAAAGUGGACAAGGGUACACCUGUAAAUGCAGUUGUGGAUGGACAGGAGACAAUUGCGAAAACAAGACUUAUACAGGUACCCCCUAAAUUUAGAAACGUUCUUCAUUAUACAUUUGUGGCUUAUGCUUAUUCAACUGUGCCAUUCUUUCCCAAGCUUGUGAUUCCAGUCCAUGUCUCAAUGGAGGAACCUGUUUUGAAGACGAAAGCGGCGAAGAGUACAUCUGUAAAUGCAGUAGUGGAUGGAAAGGAGACAAUUGCGAAA